UUUGUUUGAUAUGCUAGGAUUUUGUGGGGAUGCUACAUUACUCAAGAAGUUCAGGUUCCCAAAGGAGAUGAACAACGUUGUUGGAGUGGACAGCGUCUUGGUGUUUUUCAUGGGCAUCUUUUUAUGAUAGUUGAGGUCUAGCGCAAGGAGUUGGCUGUUUGAUGUUAGUGAUUGAUCUAAUGCUUUGAGCUGGCCAUUGAGGAGUUUUGAGGGGGUCAACGAAAAAUCCACUGUUUCUGUGAGUUGCAUAAAAAAUAGCUAAAACGGGGUCACUGUGUUGUGUGGCUGCAAGGCCACAUGGAUCCAAUACGACUAGCAGAGAGUGGUCCAUGGAUCCCAGUGAACCUUACUGGCGAACAAACUCAAGCUUUUCUCCUCCUCUAUCUGGAAGAGGGGAUUAUAGGCUCCAGUCUGAAGGCCUACCAUAUGCUAGACACAAUGCUGUUCAACUUUAUGGGUCUUCUCUCUCAUCAAACAGUAAAGAAAGCAGGGGUCAGUGGAGAGAUGAUAAUCUUCCUCAUCACCAGUAUUCUGCUUCUGAUCGCUUUGGGUCAUAUUUCAGCAGUCCAUCGGAUAGUUUUCAGACUCCACAGUGGACCCCUCCACCUAGGCAGGGGGUGAAUAUCGAUGAUUAUGUGUCUGCAGUAAUGAGAGAGCCAGUUUCAGAGCCAUUAUCUUCAACACCAUCUAUGGAGAGGACUUCGGCUGUCGACUACAGUGCAGGAUCCUCUUCAUCCGGGUCAGAUGGUAGUGAAUACGGGCCCAUUGCCAAGAUGCACACUUCCUCAAAUCGCAACUCCUCGAGUCGUCGUUUGUUCAUGUCCAAGCCCAUCCAUCCGGUAGCCUUUCCAAACCAAACUGAGAGAGAAACUCAUGGAAACAUUUCUACUGGAAAUACCGUUGACCUGUCUAACCACAGUGAGAACAGGACUACUCGACAUUUGGAUCCAAAAUCUAUUCAAAUUUUUGCAGAGCUUCAAUCUAUUUCUGGAGUUUCAGAGUUUGAUGCUACCACACCCCACAGAGAAACACUACGGUGGAGCAGUGCUAGUAGUAGCGUUGAUUUCAAUGAUGUUUCUGAGCAGUUGGAUUCUGAAAACAUUUCCCCAUGUAAUCUAACAGAGAGCUUCAGAUGCGGAUUGUGUGAUAAGUUCCUGUCCCAGAAAUCACCGUGGAGUGCUCGUAGGAUUGUGAGGAGUGGGGACAUGCCGGUCACUGGAGUUCUUUCAUGUUGUCAUGUUUUCCAUGCAGACUGCUUGGAGCAGACAACCCCGAAGACACACAAACUUGAUCCUCCUUGCCCUCUAUGUGUGAGAUCAGAGGAAAUUGUGGCGGAGCAUGGGGCUUUUUCCAGGUUGAGGAAUGGGUUCUCAAGGCUCAAAUCAUUUCGUGAGGAAGGACCAUCAAGGCCUUGGGGUUGUGGGCAGGUAGGAGAUUGUGUUGAGGGUGCUUUGCAUGCACCCCCUCGCAACACUCUAGUGUUGCUGAAUCAAAGCCGCCUCAAGAAGCACCACUCCUUGAACAGUAAUUCAAGUAAGGGUGUUCCUGAUAAAUUGAAGAAAAAUAUGUCACAUUCCUCGCAUAUACUCAACAGAAUAUCUGUUGAUCAUGGAGCCGGUGGUUGCUCAAAGAUAGUGGCAGAACCGGCACUGAAGAGAUGUUGAAACAUUGUAGGUUAUUGUGUUGUAGGGGUUUACAUUUUCCUACCCUAAUCUAAUUGGUUUUAUAUCACAAUUUGGCUUAACCAAUGAUUGUUAGAUUAAAGUAGAUUUA